AUGUUGCUGAGGUGUUAUUUGCAAAAUAACUGAACCUGCAACUGCAAUUUCUUGGUGAUGUAACAGAAUAACUUCUUAUCCUUCAUUUCACCACCAUAAAUACGGAGGCGGACGAGAAAGAGAGGGCAGAGAAGCACUCAGAGCUCAGAGAGAUAGAGAGAGAUGUCGCCCUCUUCCCCAUCAGCAGUCGAGGUCCCCAGCGACCUGAUCGCUUUCGAGAUCCUCCCGAGGCUGCCGGCGAAGUCCGUCCUCCGAUUCAAGAGCGUCUGCAAGCAGUGGCUCGCCCUGGCCUCCGAUCCCUUCUUCCUCUCCGUCCACACCCGCCGCAACCACCUCGCCGUCUCCGGCUUCCUCAUCCAAGAAAUCGUGUCGCGCCAACUCUCGUCCUUCUCCGUCGAUGGCGGCGCCUCGCCAGUCCUCCCUGACCCCUCACUCUCCUCCGUCUACCACCUAUUCGCCGAAACGUAUGGCUUCCUAGUCUGCCAGUCCUGCAAUGGCCUCCUCCUCUGCAGGAGCAACUGGUUUCUGCCUUCCUUGAUCCUAUACCUCGUCAAUCCCACCACCAUGUUGUACAGGCAAAUCCCCAGCCCCCCUGCCGACAUCUAUCCAAUCAAAUACCACUUCAUGCUUGCCUUCGAUCCUUCCACAUCCUUUCAGUAUCGAAUUGCCUGCAUCAACUCCAACAUCAGGACCCUUGCGUUAGAUCCCACAGUUCCUGAGUAUCACGUCAAGAUAUACUCGUCGGAUACCGGUGCAUGGGAGCUCUCGAGGGAGACUCUGCCGCGCGGUAGAAUUAUGCAGAAAGGUGUUUACUGGAAUGGCGCGCUGAACUGGGUCCACGAAAAUGGUCUCCUUGUCUCCUUUGAUGUCGACAAGCAGGUGGUGAAGACCACCCGGAUGCCGCCACGGGAUCACCGCGGGUUGACGCUUUACUUUGGAGAGUCUCGCGGCCACCUGCACUUGAUUGAGACUGUAGCCGAUGCUGGUGGCGGUGUUGUCGACUGGCUGCGUUUCCAUGUUUUUGAGAUGGGAAAAGACAAUCCGAGCUGGUCUUUAUUAUACAAUGUUGAUCUGAAUGGAGUGAGGGAUGUGUAUCCUGGGACUAAGUCGCCGAUUCCUUAUGAGCUUGCUCUUAGGGUAUUAUCUAAUUCGGGCAUCUGUGCGGUUACUUUCUUUUUUGCUCGAGAAGGAGAAGGGGAAGAUGACAAGUUGUAUUUUACCUAUCUCGAGAAUAUUUUUUGCUAUAACCUUGCAGAUGGGACCUGCCGCAAAAUUUUUGUCCUUAGUCCACACGCAAUGGAUCUGGACAGUUCUAACAUGAUAAUUGACCUCCUGCCAUUUGCUCACAGUCUCUUCUCUCCAUGAUCUCCAUCAGUUCGGUCAGUUAGUGCUCGGAUGCAGAUAUGUUUGGUGGUAUCCUGGAUUGUCAGCUUCAUACAUUUUGGAUGCUUGUGUUGUGGAAACUACUAACACUUGGGUUUACAUGUUGACCUGAUAGACCUAUCUCAUUUUUUCGUGUUAUGUUUUCUUUGCUGUAAGUUUCAGCUACUAUCUCAUGGGGAAUUUGUUACGUGAUUGGCAUUCUGAGCUAGUUACAAGGAAUUUCUGGUGUCUGCUAUCUUGCUCAAAGUU